GAGCAAACACAAGCACAAGCACACGCACAAGCACACAUCCAUAUUUACAAUGCUAUCUGUCUCUCAAUUCUUUUUCCUUUCUAUUCUCACCCUCCAGUGUCUCACAGGCCUAGCAGCAAAAUGCCACGUGGACGAUGAAGCCGGGUUGUUAGGUUUCAAGUCAGGUAUCAAAUCCGACCCGUCAGGUCUUCUUUCAAGUUGGAAAACGGGUACUGAUUGUUGUACUUGGUCGGGUGUAUCUUGUGGGGAAGACAAUCGGGUCACAGGACUACAGAUCUAUGGACAACCCGAGAAAAAACAAAUCUUGUCGGGUACCAUCUCGUCUUCUCUUUCCAAACUAAAAAGAUUAACAAGUAUAAAUCUUGUAAAUCUUAUAAACUUAUCGGGUACACCGAACUUUCUCGUUUCUCUACCUGAAAUUCAAAUUGUUUACAUUGAAAACAACAAGUUAUCGGGUCGUGUACCCGCAACCAUUGGGAACUUGACCCAACUUUUUGCACUGAGUUUCUCGGGUAACAGUUUAACCGGCCCGAUACCAAGUUCAAUCGGCCAGUUAACUCAACUGAGCCAGCUCAAACUCGGUAACAAUUUGCUCACUGGCACUAUACCCAAGACAUUUAGCAAGCUCAAGAGCUUAACUUUUUUGAGUUUAGAGAAGAAUCAGCUCACUGGGUCAAUACCAAACUUCUUUACUUCCUUGUCUAAGCUAAUAAUUUUGGAACUUUCUAACAACAAAUUUACUGGGAAAAUUCCAAGUUCUAUUGCAACUUUAGCUCCACAAUUAAGGUACCUUGAGCUAGGACACAAUUAUUUAACUGGUCAAAUCCCAGAUUUUCUUGGAAAAUUCCGUACUCUAGACACAUUAGAUCUUUCUUCGAACAAGUUCUCAGGAACUGUACCGAAAUCCUUUGCAAAUCUAACCAAAAUAUUCAAUCUUGAUCUCUCUCACAAUCACCUUGUCGACCCAUUUCCACAAUUGUUUGUAAAAGGUAUCGAGUCUUUGGAUUUAUCGUACAAUAAUUUCCACUUAGGUACAAUACCAAGUUGGAUCACUAGUUCUCCAAUUAUUUACUCAGUGAAGCUAGCUAAAUGUGGGAUCAAGAUUAAAUUGGAUGAUUGGAAGCCGAAGACUACUUAUUUUUACGAUUAUAUUGAUCUUUCGAAUAAUGAGAUUAGUGGAAGUCCAGUUGGGUUGUUGAACAAGACUGAUUUCUUGAUUGGAUUUUAUGCUUCUGGGAACAAAUUGAAGUUCAAUUUGGAGAAGUUAAGGAUUGUUCAGACAUUGAAAGAUUUGGAUUUGUCUCGGAAUAUGGUUUAUGGGAAAGUUCCAAAGGCAAUUUCUGGACUACAGAAGUUGAAUUUGAGUAGUAACCAUUUGUGUGGUCAGCUUCCACCAUCAAAGUUUGGGGCUAAUUCUUUCCCUGGAAAUGCUUGUCUUUGUGGUUCACCAUUGCCACCCUGCAAAUCUUAAUUUAAAAUCAGCGUGUUUUACAACCAGGCUGUGGCACUUUUGUUCAAUAAAUUGUUGCCACGUAAUAUUGAGUGAGGAUAUUGAUUGCUCACAAUAAUGAAAAAUUAAAAAAAUAAGAUUUGGAUUUGUCUCGGAAUAUGGUUUAUGGGAAAGUUCCAAAGGCAAUUUCUGGACUACAGAAGUUGAAUUUGAGUAGUAACCAUUUGUGUGGUCAGCUUCCACCAUCAAAGUUUGGGGCUAAUUCUUUCCCUGGAAAUGCUUGUCUUUGUGGUUCACCAUUGCCACCCUGCAAAUCUUAAUUUAAAAUCAGCGUGUUUUACAACCAGGCUGUGGCACUUUUGUUCAAUAAAUUGUUGCCACGUAAUAUUGAGUGAGGAUAUUGAUUGCUCACAAUAAUGAAAAAUUAAAAAAAUAAAUACUCCCACUCUCUCUUUC